ACGUCAGCUUCCGGAAGAAAAUCGGUCCCUUAGUCGCUGUCCUGUGGUCACCGUGCGCAGGUGCGGAAGUGCGGUGGCAUGCUCAGGACCGGUUUCCGGUCUGUGUGAGGCACCGGGCUCGCAGAGCCACGUAACGGACGGGGGUCUGCAACCAUGGCGGAUAGGAAGGCUAACGGUGGCGGAGCGUCCGCCUCCUCGUCAGGCACUAACUUACUCUUCUCCUCCUCGGCCACGGAGUUCAGUUUCAACGUGCCCUUCAUCCCCGUCACGCAGGCCGCCGCCUCCCCGGCUUCCCUGCUCUUACCCGGAGAAGACUCCACAGAUGUUGGUGAGGAGGAUAGCUUCCUUGGUCAGACUUCAACUCACACAUCCACCCCACAGACAUUCAGUUACUUCUCUCAGGUAUCAAGCAGUAGUGAUCCAUUUGGGAACAUUGGACAGUCGCCCUUAGCGACCACAGCAAUGUCGGCUGGACAGUCAGCACUUCCCAAGCCCCCAGCCACACUCCCUUUUACAACUGGAUCCCAAGACAUGCUGAAUGCAUUUCCACCCUCUGUUUCCAAGGCUCCCUAUGGUGCUGCGCCUUCCUCACAGAUGGGAGCAAGCACCUAUUUGCCUUCUCAGCCAAGUAGUCUCCCUCCAAAUUUUGGGAGCCCACCCCAAGGGAUUCCUCAACAAGGACAUAACCCGUAUCGCCACACUCCUGUCAGCAGCCGGGCAAAUCCCUAUAUAACACCUCCACAACUACAGCAGUGUCAGACGCCGGGCCACCCCUCCUACCCUCCACCCUCUGCACCCCCAGUGCAGACAUACCAAAUGCCGCCAGGACCAUUGCCACCGCUUCCUACAGCAGUGCAAUCACCAGCGCAGCAACAAGUCCCAGCCAGACCUGCAGGACCCCUUGUACAGGGGCCAUCUCCUUUUGUACUUCAGAACCAGUAUGAACCUGUCCAGCCACACUGGUUUUACUGCAAGGAGGUGGAAUAUAAACAACUGUGGAUGCCUUUCAGUGUGCUUGACUCUCUGAAUCUUGAAGAGAUCUAUAAUUCAGUGCAGCCAGAUCCUGAGAAUGUGGUUCUAGGCACGGAUGGCGGACGCUAUGAUGUGUACCUUUAUGACCGCAUGAGGAAGUCUGUGUACUGGGAAGAGGAGCCGGCUGAAGUGAGACGCUGUACUUGGUUUUACAAGGGGGACACAGAUAGCAGAUUUAUUCCCUAUACAGAGGAGUUCAGUGAAAAACUAGAGGCCGAGUAUAAAAAAGCUGUGACCACAAACCAGUGGCACCGCAGGCUAGAGUUUCCAAGUGGAGAGACUAUCGUGAUGCACAACCCAAAGGUUAUUGUGCAGUUCCAGCCUUCUUCAGUACCAGAUGAGUGGGGGACAACACAAGAUGGACAGACGAGGCCCAGAGUUGUAAAGCGUGGAAUUGACGACAACCUUGAUGAAAUUCCUGACGGGGAAAUGCCUCAAGUUGACCAUUUGGUGUUCAUGGUGCAUGGCAUUGGGCCAGUGUGUGACUUGCGCUUUAGAAGCAUUAUUGAAUGUGUGGAUGAUUUUAGGGUGGUUUCUCUCAAGUUGCUGCAGACACACUUCAAGAAGUCUGUAGAUGAAGGGAAAGUCAGCAGAGUGGAGUUCCUGCCAGUUCACUGGCACAGCGCCUUGGGUGGGCACGCCACGGGUGUUGACAGGAACAUCAAGAAAAUUACUUUGCCAAGUAUUGGUCGGUUCCGGCACUUUACCAAUGAAACUCUGCUGGAUGUGUUGUUUUACAACAGCCCUACCUACUGUCAGUCAAUUGUGGAGAAAGUGGGAGUGGAGAUAAACCGGCUACACUCGCUUUUUAUGAGUCGGAACCCAAACUUCAAAGGGAAGGUCUCGGUCGCUGGUCACAGCUUAGGCUCUUUGAUACUGUUUGACAUAUUGUCUAAUCAGAAAGAUAUGAGUAUCUCUAAGUCUCCAGGAUCUGUGGCUGUUUCUAAUGGAGUUACGAAACAUUCGAAUUUUCAGGAAAAGCAGGUCUCCGAAGAGUCAAAGCUGAUGUCAGACGAGUCAUGUGACCUUGAUGUUGAAGAUGAAGAACCCCUAACUUUGCAUGGAACCCUGGAAGCACUCAGCCUGUUUGAUUACAUUAGCACUUUUGAAAAGGAAAAGAUUGAUAUGGAAUCUCUGCUUAUGUGUACAGUUGAUGACCUGAAGGAGAUGGGGAUUCCCCUUGGGCCCAGAAAGAAGAUAGCCAAUUUUGUAAAACUUAAAGCAGCCAAACUGGAGCAGAAAAAAGCAGCAUCAGAAAAGAAGGCAGCGCUGGCUGCUUUGACAAAAGGACAAGGUGAGAGUGCUCCAAAAACUAAGGAAAUGGCCUCUCCAUCUUCAGAAUCAAACGAGUCCAAGAGGAAGCUCUCAGUUGGGGCUUAUGUGUCGUCUGUACGUGUCGAUUAUGAAUCUUUUGAAGUUGGCACAGGACAGGUUUCUGUUGCUUACAGCUCGUUAGACUUUGAACCAGAGAUUUUCUUUGCCUUGGGCUCUCCUAUUGGCAUGUUUCUCACUAUUCGCGGCGUGGACAGGAUUGAUGAGAGCUAUCGCCUCCCUACCUGCAAAGGCUUCUUCAAUAUUUACCAUCCGCUCGACCCCGUGGCAUACAGAUUAGAGCCCAUGAUUGCUCCAGAUUUGGACUUAAAAGCUGUUCUCAUUCCACAUCACAAAGGCAGAAAGAGACUUCACUUAGAGUUGAAAGAAAGCCUUUCUCGAAUGGGGUCUGAUUUGAAGCAGGGUUUUAUCAGCUCUCUGAAAAGUGCUUGGCAGACACUCAAUGAAUUCGCACGUGCUCACACCUCUUCUACUCAGCUGCAAGAAGAAUUGGAGAAGGUGGCCAAUCAGAUCAAAGAGGAAGAGGAAAAGCAAGUAGUUGAAGAAAAGAUUGUUGAAAGUCCAGAAUUUUCCAAGGAUGAGGACUACUUAGGAAAGGUUGGGAUGUUAAAUGGAGGCCGCCGGAUUGAUUAUGUUCUUCAAGAGAAGCCAAUCGAGAGCUUCAAUGAGUAUCUCUUCGCUCUUCAGAGUCACUUGUGCUAUUGGGAGUCCGAAGAUACUGCCCUCUUGUUACUUAAAGAAAUUUAUCGGACAAUGAACAUUAGUCCAGAGCAGCCCCAACACUGAGCAGACUUGCAUUCUACCAGGAAGCUCCAGCUUGAGUGUCACUGCUCAGAGGCUCCUUGGUGGCUGAUGAAGGAUGACAGAAUCGUUACUCAGCAACAACUGCUAACGAGGACUUCUCAGAUGCAGGGAUCGGUUUUUAAAACAGAACAUAAAGAUGCUGGGAAAAGUCAGUAUCAUAUUUGGACAGUCUAGAAGGAGAGCUGCAACCAUGAAAUGAUGCUGUGGGGAAUUCUCGAUCUGUUUAGUUAAGUAGUUAUCUAAAUUAAGUGUGUACUAAUGAAGAGAUAUUCGUAGCAUGCAAAUGGUUAUUUCUAUUUCUUAAAACUAUUGUCAAUGGGCUAUUAAACUUUAUUUUUCUUUGUAUUAAUGCAAUAUGUUAUUUUUAUUUAAAUAUGGACUUCUUGAGAAACUGUAGUAACAUGAUUUUUAAGAAACUUAUGCUAGACUGGGCAUGGUGGCACAUGCCUUUAAUCCCAGCACUCAAGAAGCAAAGGCAGGUGGAUCUCUGAGAGGAAGAUGGCCUGGUCUGUAUCACAGGUUUCAGGACAGUCAGGACUAUGUAGUGAGACCACCUAAGAAACGAAAAGACAAACGCCUGCUGUCCUGAAUGUGCACAGCUCAGAGCUGGGGCUGGCCUGGGGCGGAGUCGCUCCUGCUUGUGGCAAGGCCUCCUCAUCCCGGGCUGAUCUCAGCGUUCAUAAAGUCGAAUGCCAUCACCGAGAACCUAGUUGCAGGAGUGAAGCACUUUUUACUUUCCAGAACUCUUGUGAUGAUCUGACCUCUCCUGGCAUGUCCACAUCCCCUGGAGGUGAGCAAAUAGCAGGCUUCACAGCGAACCGAGGUUUCCGUGCCAGCACUCGGCGCCCGAGGUCCAGUUAACGUGAGAAGCAAAGUGGAAGGGCUGUGGUUCGGGUUUAGUUUGACUUGCACCAGUGUGUUUGAAAGGAUGUAGAGCUGCUUGAGACUGCUCUGUAAUGAUGAUUCUGUUUACUAUAAACUCAUUCUCUAAGUAUUUCCUAACGGACAGUGGGAAUGCUGACUUCCUUCUCUUGUUACAUAGCAGAAACAUUUUAUGUCGUUUACAUAGUUCUCAUGGAACAUGGAAUUUUUUUGAAAGCAACCUAUAAUACACAUUUUUGUGUAUGUGUUCUACCUGGUGUGAAUAAAACAAUGACAUUGAUGCUCUUUUUAAAGCUGCAAA